UCUGAGUCCUAGGAUAACAGAGCCUCUGUCUUCCUCUCACCUAGCUCUGUUCUUUGCUUCCUAACACUCCUCCGGUUCUUGGUCCUUCUGCUCUCCAAGCAGCCAUGUCUCGGCAAUCAAGCGUAUCAUUCCAGAGUGGGGGCCGUCGAGGCUUCAGUGCCUCCUCAGCAAUCACCCCGAACGUCAGCCGCACUAGCUUCAGCUCUGUCUCCAUGUCCCGGGCAGGAGGUGGUGGCGGCGGCGGCUAUGGCCGCAUCAGUGUCGGUGGUGCCGGAGGCGGAGGCGGCUUCGGCAGCCGGAGCCUUUACAACGUCGGAAUGUCCAAGAGGAUUUCCAUGGGAGGUGGUGGGGGCUUCAGGAGUGGCUAUGGUGGCAGAGUAGGAGGGGGUUAUGGCUUUGGUGGAGGAGCUGGUAGCGGAUUCGGUAUCGGCGGUGGGGCUGGUGGUGGCUUUGGGCUCGGUGGUGGAGGAGGCUUCGGUGGAGGCUUUGGGGGACCUGGCUUUCCUGUCUGCCCUCCUGGUGGCAUCCAAGAGGUCACUGUUAACCAGAGUCUCCUGGCUCCCCUCAACCUCCAAAUCGAUCCCACCAUCCAGAGGGUGAAGACUGAAGAGCGGGAGCAGAUCAAGACCCUCAACAACAAGUUUGCCUCCUUCAUCGACAAGGUGCGAUUCCUUGAGCAGCAGAAUAAGGUAUUAGACACAAAAUGGACACUGCUCCAGGAGCAGGGUCACAAGACUGUGAGGCAGAAUUUGGAACCACUUUUUGAAACCUACAUCAACAAUCUCAGGAGGCAGCUAGAGAAUUCUCUGGCUGACAGGGGUCGCUUGGAGAAUGAACUGAGAAACAUGCAGGAUGCAGUGGAGGAUUUCAAAAACAAGUAUGAAGAUGAAAUCAACAAGCGUACAGCAGCUGAGAAUGACUUUGUGAUGCUCAAGAAAGAUGUAGAUGGUGCCUACAUGAACAAGGUGGAACUGGAAGCCAAGGCAGACAGCCUUAAUGAUGAGGUCAACUUCCUGAGAACCCUCUAUGAAAUGGAACUCUCUCAGAUGCAGGUUCACGUCUCUGACACCAAUGUUGUGCUGUCUAUGGACAAUAACCGUAACCUUGACCUGAACAGUAUCAUUGCUGAGGUCAAAGCUCAGUAUGAAGACAUUGCCAACCGUAGCCGAACAGAAGCUGAAUCCUGGUACCAGACAAAGUAUGAAGAGCUGCAGCAGACAGCAGGACGCCAUGGAGAUGACCUCCGCAAUACCAAACAUGAGAUCUCUGAGAUGAAUCGGAUGAUCCAGAGACUGAGAGCCGAGAUUGACAAUGUCAAGAAGCAGUGUGCCAAUCUUCAGGCCUCCAUCGCUGAUGCUGAGCAGCGUGGGGAAUUGGCUCUCAAGGAUGCCCGGGCCAAGCUGGCUGAGUUGGAGGAUGCUCUGCAGAAGGCCAAACAGGACAUGGCUCGCCAGCUGCGUGAAUACCAGGAGCUGAUGAAUGUCAAACUGUCCCUGGACAUUGAGAUUGCUACCUACAGGAAGCUGCUGGAGGGCGAGGAGUGCAGACUGAGCGGAGAAGGAGUUGGACCAGUCAGUGUCUCUGUGGUCACAUCCAGCGUGUCCGGAGGUUACGGCGGCGGCGGCUUCGGCAGCGGCGGGGGCUUCGGCAGCGGCGGCGGCUUCGGCAGCGGCGGCGGCGGCAGUUAUUCAUACUCCAGCAGCAGCGGCGGCGGCGGCCUCAGCGUGGGGGGUUCUGGCUUCAGCUCCGGCAGUGGACGGGGAAUGGGGGUUAGCCUGGGAGGCGGCGGGGGCAGCAGCUCCAGCGUUAAGUUCGUGUCCACCACUUCCUCCUCCCGGAAGAGCUUCAAAAGCUAAAUCUCCUCUCCCUAAGUGUCCAUUCACUUGAGUAUCUGCUCUCCCCGUCCCUUGGUCACUACCUGACGGACCCUCUUUAGCUUGGUUGAUAACCUCGCUGUUCUCCGCUUUCCUGUCUCCGCCUCCCUCUCUCCCUCUCCUUUCCUUUUCACAGGUGUUUAGUCUAGACCAGACUAAGGGGGUGAUUUGUGUUCAUGAGCCUUCCAGGUCACCUCCAGCACUUAGCACCCUCAUCUCUGGUUCUUACUUAGCUCCCAACCUGGCCAGAGGCCAUCAGAAAAUGCUGUCCAAUGAACCUUGGAGGCCUUAUAAGUAAUCCCUUUUCUCCUUUCCGAGACUCCACUCAUUCCAGUGUUCCCCAGUCACUUAAGCACUUAGCCCAAAGCUAGGACCACUCCCUCCUCACUACUUGACCAAAGAUGUGAGAAGCAGGGUCCAAAGACGUAUUUUCUUAGGAAACCUUAAAAUUGAGGAAACUAAGGACCAGAAAACCAGAAACAACUGAAGGAAGGCUUUGGUUCAGUCAGAAUCUGGGCUCCUCAACUCUUGGGGAAUGGCAGUCCCCAAGUCUCUUGCUGGGGCACCCUAGAGCGAUGUUGUCACUUCAGAAAGAGUGGUUCAGUCCAAGCUCUGUCUAACGGAAAGGUGUCUGGCCUAGUCAUGGGGAUUGAGGGUGGGAUUUAACCAUUUGUUUUGUAAGCAAUUCUGGUGUCUCCUGGGAGACAGUUUUUCAUUCCUUAGGAGGAGGCAUUUGGUUGUACUGGAAGCAAAAGUUGUACCUUGAAUGUCAACAGAACUCCACCCCCCAUUGUUUGUUCUUGAUUCUGACCACUUUUUGGUGUUUGUUCAAUAAAGUUCAUUUAUAAUUUAA